UCAACAAGAAUUUCAUUUCUCGCUCACCACCAGUUUCCAUCAUCUCUCUCUAGAAUUCAUCUAGAGGGAGAAAAAAAAAUUAAAAAUAAAAAAAUAAUAAUUUUGAUCAAUGAUGAUCGACCUUUCUCAGAACUUUUUCCACUUUUCUUUCCUUAAUUCACAUAUCUUAACCUUCUUUCUUUGACUUUCUUUCCAUCCUCAUUUUCUUCUUUCUCUCUUUCUUCACUUUUCUUCUUCCUUGUUUCCUUCCCAAUAUUUUUUCUCUGUUUUCUUUUCUAAAUCCCAAGAUCUCUGCAACCCAAUUCUCCUUUUCACCUGUUUAAUCCAAAUUCUCAUCUGGGUAUCUUCAGUUUUUCUUUUUUUUUUUCCUUGUAAUGUUUCAAGUUUUUUAAUUUAUUAGAUUAUAUAAACUACCAAUUCUGCUGAUAUGAAGAAAACUAUAUCUUUUCAUUGGAUCUUUCACGUAAGAGAAGCUUCCAAGGAAUUCUCUGAUUCCCCCCCUUCCCUGUUGCAUCAUCACCUUAUUUUUUUCGUUUCCAAUUUUCAAUGAUUUAAUCUUCACCAAAACCCCACCAUUCCAGCUCAUUUAACCAGGGAUGUUCUCUUAAUCUAUUCAUCACAUCCCAUUCCAAAAAUCCCACAUUUUCUUGAUUUUUCCUUUUCUUUUCCCCUGUUUUGUUUCCCUCUGUUUUUUUUUUUUUUUUGGUUUUUUUUUAUGUCAUGGGUUGUGCUAGUUCCAAGCAAAAACGAUGCCGGUAUUGCCAGGCUCCUUAUUCACCUGUUCCAAGAAGCUAUUCAAUGCAUGUGCAUCAUCCGGCUCAACACAAGGGUGAUAGCUACCAUGUUGUAGCUUUAACAUCCACCACAUUAGGCUCUCUCAAGCUAGAAACCAACCACCAAACCAAUGGCAGUAGCAUCAACGUUGCAGCAUUUAAUGGCAAUCUCGAAAACGGCAAUAAAAUCAAUGGGAAUGUGAAAGAAGUCGAGGAGGAGAGCAAAGGGUUGGCUAUGGAAGUGAUUGAAGCAAAAGUUUGGUCAAAAAUGAUUGAAGAUAAGAUCCCAAAAAUUGUUCCGAAAACGCCGGUCAGGACUCCUCCUGGAGAGCCUGAAACAAUUAAUACAUGGGAAAUGAUGGCAGGGCUUGAGGAUAUCAGUCCUCUUCGUUCUCCGGGUCAUUUCAGGAGUUUUUCUUUUGAUGUUGUUAGGAAUUCAGCUCCAAAAGAAAAUAGCACGGUGUCUCCAAACCCUAUGUGGCUUCAAAUGGAAAAAGAUGAUGAUCAGAAAUCGAAUUCGGGGAUUACGGAUUUUGAUCCGGAAGUAAUUUCUAGUUUUAGGAAAUCGCUUGAACAGCUUCCUUUCGAUAACCCUUGUCAUCUCAGGCCUCAGGAGAAUGACAAAGAGCAAGAUUAUGAGAAGAACGUAAAUGGGGUUGUUGUUUCAGAUUGUAAGCUUAACAAGGAUAAGGUUGUUGUGUAUUUUACUAGUUUAAGAGGGGUUCGGAAGACAUACGAGGAUUGUUGUCAUGUUAGAGUGAUCCUGAAAAGCUUGGGAGUUCGUAUUGAUGAACGAGAUGUUUCAAUGCAUUCAGGGUUUAAAGAGGAAUUGAAAGAGCUGAUUGGAGAAGUGUAUAGAGGUGGAUUGCCAAGGGUAUUUGUGGGAAAAAAAUACAUUGGCGGAGCCGAGGAGAUAAGGCGAAUGCACGAGGAGGGUCAGCUAGAGAAGGCGGUUGAAGGGUGUGAAAUGGUGGAUGAUGAUGGUGGAGUUAGUGGUGGAGCUUGUGAGGCUUGUGGGGAUAUCAGGUUUGUGCCUUGUGAGACUUGUUCAGGGAGUUGUAAAGUGUAUUAUGAAGAUGAUGAAGAAGAAGAAGGAGAAGAAAAUGCAGGUGAAGACGGUGAGUAUGGCUUUCAAAGGUGUCCUGAUUGUAAUGAAAAUGGACUUAUCCGCUGCCCAAUUUGCUGCUACUAAUUAGUUCAUUAAAAACAGAAAACCUUUUUUUUUCUUCUCUCUUGUGUUUUUCUUUUUGAUCUUUCUUUGUGAGUUGUUUGUUGUACAGUGAGGAGUUUCCAUGAUAUAAUUUCAGUACAAGGAACCAGAAAAUGUAUUGUUAUAAGCAGGUUCUUUAUCAUCACCAGUCAUGUGCUUUUAUGGCUGUAUACUUAUUAUGUUUCCUUCUGAAAGGAAACUUAAAUUGUAUACUUUCCAACAAAAUGGAGAUAAUACUUUAAGAGACGCAAUUAUAGCUCUUUCUUUUCUAAA